AUGGAUCCGCCGGACGGGGGAAUGAUAGAUGGCACUUUAGACGCGUCCAGUAGACCCGCCAUUAUGCAGUACCGAAAAGAGUCUAAAUCACCAGAAUUCCGCCGCGAAAUUGCACUGCCCAGCGAGUCUCGUCCAGUUCCAAAAAAUAUAACUCAGAGCUUUUCUUCAGCAUCUUCGAGUUCUAGUCAGAGAUACCUUGAUAUCAUUAAUUGGAAGCCGCAUAACAAUGCUCAAGUACAAAAACUGCUGACGAAAACAAAAUCGACUCUUCCCGAACAGAAUAAAAAAGAAAAGGAAGAAGAUUCUACCGACUCAUCGAAAGAAAAAGAACAUCGUCCCAAAAACGUACGAUUGAUGGACUCUCCAAAGGGUCAAUCUACUGGCUCUAGAAGAUCGAACGUAGUGUCAAGGGGAGCCCAGAAUACAGAUACGCCUCAGAAAAAUACUAUCCAUGCUUCUGAAUUGGCAAGUGUAUCGGGUUUGAGUACAAUAAGUAAUAAAAGCAUUCGCGCUUUCAACAUCCAUUUCGACAUUGACACGGGAAACCAUCAUGGAUGGUGCAUAGCUCCUCCGCCGUCGAACGAAUUUUACUCGAAAGCUACUGUCAGAAGCUGGGAGGCGCAACGCGUGAACGAACUCGUCAAUCGAGCACGCUCACUUUUGACAGAGAUAUCCCGCCGGAAUAACGGCUUGAGUUUCGCAAGCAAAGAGACAAUGCGUCAACCCUUUGCACGGUACUACGAUAAUGGUCAGAAUGAAGGCGUCGGUUCUCGAUCCGCUCGACGUAUUUCCGCGCGUUCUGCCAGAUCAGCCACUUCGCGUCCCAGCUCAGCCCGUGUGUCCAGACCUCAGUCGGCAGUGCAAUCAGAAAAGAGCGAAGAAACGAGCAACAGCGGGCCUCUUUUAAUUCCAACAGAGAAUCUCUUCCUUCUCGAAGUCCCAAGCUCCGCUAUCAAUAGAGACAAAACGACGCGCAAUAGAGUUGGAAGCGCCCGCAGUUUAAAUGAAUCGAAGACAACGAAGACUGCGUUCUCAUGGAUUUUGUAUCCUAAUGGCAGGUCUUGCGUCUCAAAGACCUCCUCGGGAUACGUAGCGAUUUACUGCCAUACGAGUGAUAAAAAAGUCAUUGGCAUAAGUACAGCUUCUGGACUGAUCAGUUUCUCCUCGCCUCCAAUGAUCUUCGACAAAAGCGGAAUGCGACUUAAUAACAAUGAAAGAGUUCUCAAAUGGGGACAAAUAAAAUCUCCUGUGGAUGUGAAAAUCAACAGGUUUCUACGGUUGAAAGCUGCUAGUCCAAGGAGCAUACUUUUGUUUUAUGAAGGAGGAGGGGAAAAAUACCACUUGAAUCUUGCAGAAGCGAGAUCAAGAGUGGCUGUUAUUACGAGCAUGGGCAAUUUGAACAAUAUUCUAGGACUCACUAGUGAAGCUUCGGAAGAACAUGCGCCACUCAGUCCUGGAGAAACAAGCUAUAAUUGGGCUGCUAACCUAACACGAGUACUUUCGAAUCGUUAUCAAAAUUCGGCAUCCAAAGCGUUACUAACACCAGCAAACAGGAGAAAAGCUCCACAGAUGCCGCGGAUUUCCAGCCACUUUCGAUACUUCGAUAACAUGACAAUUCCUGUAAUGACAGAUGAGUCCUUAGACAAUCACCUAAAGUCGUCUUCCGUCGAGCAUAUAAAUGUCUUCUCGGUGAGGCUAAAGGACCCGAGUUUCGUCCCUUCAGCGGCGAACAAAACUAUUGAGAACGAGUUUUUGCGAUCAAGGGGCAAUCCUAAAAUCAACAUUUUUGUUUAUUUCUUGGAUAGGGCUGAUCCACAUUGCGCCACCUCGUUACUUACAUCGAGGCAUGGAAUACAGGGCGGAAUGGGAGUGAUAUUCGUUGCUUCUCGGUUAAUCUUUGCCGACCGGAUCUUCGACGGCCACGGAGCCGACCCGGCUUCCUUCCGACGAGAAUUACAGAAAUGCCGCCGGCGCUACAAAGAAGGCUUCCAGUACCCUAAAGAUUUCAAAUUCUCCGACCCAGAGGAUCAAGUGCCCGACGAGCUUAUCAACUUUUCGAGGCGAACGGCUUGGGGAGGACAAAUCGUCCAAAUCAGCAAUCAGCAGCAAUCAACUCGAUUUCUUGAUGCAAAAACGGAAAUGAUGAGCACAGUACAGACCCUCGUGAGGUACAACUCUUCACACAAAUUAAAAACGACGCCCAGUUGA